CCCAAAAAAGUAAAAGCCACGACGUUCUGUUAGGGUGCCCAAACUACAUUUCCCAGCAUGCACCUGUUCCUAUUACGCAAGAAGAGCGCAAAAGCCCUGCCACACGAGUUACCAAACACAACUGUUCCGGUAUGAAUAAGCGAGAAGGUGAAGCUUGUCCCCGCAGAAGAAAAAAUGAUGGCACGACGUUUAAAUCGGAGGACAGUGACGUACCCUCCCCUGUGCUAUCGGCAUUCAAGGUUUUCCAACAGGAGCUUGACGUCAAACAUGAUAAACAUGAGAGGUUGGUGAAACUCAGCCGGGACAUCACCAUCGAGAGCAAGAGGAGCAUAUUCCUAUUGCACAGAGUGACCAGUGUACCGAACGUGGAGGAUGUGCUGGUGGAGGCAGACGCCAAGCUGGACGCUGUGAGGGAGAAGAUUGGUCAGGUUGCUGAGGAGCUGAGAGGAGAGGACUUGUAUCAGUUCCACAGAGCAUUCACACCAGGGAUCCAGGAGUACGUGGAGGCCGUGUCCUUCCAGCAUUUCAUCCGCCAUCGCUCCCUCGUCAGCCUGGAGGAGAUCAACGCCCGGCUGGUGUUCAUCAAAGAGGGCAAGGGGUGCGAGGGUCACGCCCCAGACACCACAGUGCUCACCUUCCAGGUGACGCCCACAGACUACCUGCUGGGCGUGGCCGACCUGACGGGGGAGCUGAUGCGGAUGUGCAUCAGCAGCGUGGGGAACGGAGACAUGGACACGCCCUUCCAGCUCAGCCAGUUCCUGAGGCAGAUCCACGACGGCUUCGCCUACAUCGGGAACACGGGGCCCUACGAGGUGUCCAAGAAGCUGCACACCCUCCGGCAGAGCCUGGCCAAGGUGGAGGACGCCUGCUACACCCUGCGCGUGCGGGGCUCUGAGAUCCCCAAGCACAUGCUGGCGGACGUGUUCUCCAGCAGGGCGGCGCUCAUGGACACGGAUGAGGGCGUGGCCUAGAUGAGCAAGGCUUCUGGUUGGUCCACAGCCCGGUGUGUGUGUGUGUGUGGGGGGGUCGUUAUCUGCUCCAUAUCAAAAAUAGUUUUGUUCUGUUUUGUUGUUACGCUGUGAGAGUCAUGUGCCGGUUUAGUAUUUGAUGUUUGCCAUUCCUCGAGUUGGGAAACCCUUCACCACUGUCUCAAUGUUAGGAUGUGGAAUGCCACACGCUUGUUUUAUAUUUUCAGGUUGUUUGCAUUGGAGUUACUGAAAAUAAAUAAAAUAAAGCUUUUUGUGAUAAA